AUGAUCUCGCAAGUGUUCCGUGCCUCGAUUAGAGCCAGAGUCGCCGUCCCCCGUGUCGCCCCCCGCGCCGUGGCGUUUGCCAGAGCCACCCCCGUGAGACGCUACACCACCGAACACGAACACCGCGAGGAAUCGUUCGAAGAAUUCACCGCCAGAUACGAGCUGGAAUUCGAAAACGCCUACGACUUGUUCGAAGUGCAAAGAAUCCUCAACAACUGUUUCUCGUACGACUUGGUCCCCGCCCCCGCCGUGAUCGAAAAGGCGUUGCAAGCGUGCCGCAGAGUCAACGACUACCCCACCGCCGUCAGAGUGUUCGAAGCGUUGCAACACAAGGUCGAAAACAAGGAACAGUACCGCGCCUACCUCGACGAGUUGGCCGAUGUCAGAAAGGAAUUGGGCAUCGACCUCAAGGAAGAAUUGUUCGCCGGGGAACAAUAA